AUGGCGCUUACUACACUACAAGGCUUGGCCAUUUACAGCAUCACCUACAUUUCUGGUGAUGCAUUUCAAGAUAUGUCCCGGAUAGAAGUCCUGGAUCUUAGGUACAACACUGUACACGUUAAGGACCUUCAGAAAUCACUCAACGGUUUUCAAAAUACAGUUCGCUCUAUUGAUGUGUCAAAUAACAAAUAUUUUCGAAAUCUUACGGAAGACUUUGAAGAUACAAGUAAAUUCAUUAAAUCCCCCGAGUCCUAUCAAUGCGGAUAUCCAUUGAACCUCAAAUCAACGCUUCUCAUUGAUGCCAACAUCUCUGAAGAGACUUGUCGAAUCUCACCUUAUGUGUUUCCCAUAAUCUUUGGUUUGUCCUUAGUUUCAAUAGUGUUUAUAGUAGUUCUCUCCAUUGCCUACAGAUUACGUUGGAGCAUUCGCUAUUGUUUGCACAUGUUGAGAUACAAAAGGAGGAAGCCAAUUGAUGAAACGAUAUACGUCUAUGACGCGUUUGUGCUGUACUGUGAAGAUGAUUCCCCUUGGGUAAGAAAUAAUAUCAUACCAAGGAUUGAAGAUGAAGCCAAAUUAAAACUGUGUAUUCACGAAAGAGACUUUAUUCCUGGGGAAUAUAUAGUUGAUAAUAUUGUAACCAGUUUGGAAAGGAGCAGAAAAGUCAUCAUGGUGCUGUCCAAUUCUUUUGUGUGA